UUACCUUUUCCCCUACUUGCAACGGCGUUCGUUUUUUCCCUAAUCAUCUCUAUCACAUAACUUUCGUCCAAUAGUUAACUACUCUUUCUAGUAUUUCAUUCCCUUAGAUACCAUACUUUUGGUUAACCAAAAAAACAAAAAAGGUAAAAAGAAAGCAUGACUAUGGCCAUUGAUUGUAUGGUAACAAGAAUCAAGUCACCCAUGACACAAACAUCUAAAGAAAAAUUCACAGAAGAUGAGAAAAGACCACUGAUUUUCGACUCGUCCGUGCUAAAAUAUGAGUUCAAUAUUCCUAGACAAUUCAUAUGGCCAGACCACGAGAAGCCUUGUGCUGGGGCACCUGAACUUGAUGUCCCACUAAUCGAUUUAGGAGCUUUCCUUUCUGGCGACCCAAUUGCAGCUAAGAAAGUAUGUACACUCGUUGAUGAAGCAUGCAGGAACCACGGUUUCUUUCUCGUGGUGAACCAUGGAGUUGACACUAACCUUAUUUCACUUGCACAUAGUUAUAUGGAUAUGUUCUUUGAAUUGCCACUUUCUGAUAAGCAAAAGGCUCAAAGGAAGAGAGGAGAGCAUUGUGGUUAUGCUAGUAGCUUUACUGAAAGGUUUUCAUCUAAGCUACCUUGGAAAGAAACACUCUCUUUUCCAUAUUCUGCCGAAGAAGGCUCGUCAGACAUGGUUGACGAGUACUUCCUCAAGACAAUGGGUAAAAAUUUUUGCCAUAUCGGGAACGUUUACCAAGAAUACUGCAAUGCCAUGAGCACACUCUCUUCUGGAAUCAUGGAACUCUUGGGAGUGAGCCUGGGUGUGAGCCAGAACCAUUUCAAACAGUUCUUUGAAGAAAAUGAAUCCAUAAUGAGACUCAACUAUUACCCACCAUGCCUAAAACCAGACCUCACCUUAGGAACUGGACCACAUUGUGAUCCAACAUCAUUAACCAUCCUUCAUCAAGACAGUGUUACUGGGCUUCAAGUUUUCAUGGAAAACCAAUGGCGCUCCAUUAGUCCUAAUCUCAGCGCUUUUGUCGUUAACAUAGGCGACACUUUUAUGGCACUUUCAAAUGGAAGGUACAAAAGUUGCUUACACAGAGCGGUAGUAAACAACAAAACACCUAGGAAAUCUCUUGCUUUUUUUCUUUGCCCUAAGAAGGAUAAGGUGGUGAGUCCACCAACAGAAUUGGUGGACUCCAAUAAUCCUAGAAUAUAUCCUGAUUUCACAUGGCCUACACUCCUUGAGUUUACACAGAAGCAUUAUAGAGCUGAUAUGAACACCCUCCAAUUCUUCUCCAAUUGGCUUCAACAAAGAACUCCAGAGAUUUAAGGCCUUAGUCUUUUGUUUAAAGUUCAGUAUGCACGAUAGUAUAGAUUUCUUACGGUAUUAAAUAGUUGACUUACGAAAUCAAGCAACUCUUUAUUGCAAGUAAGAUAAGAUAACCUAAAAAAUAACAUAAAAAUUCGUCAAAUUACACUUAUACUAAUGUAAAUAUUCUUUACACUAUCAAUAGUAUAAUUUAUCUAUUGCAACAUUUUAUAUACUUUUUCUCGGUUAGUUGAGUAAUCUUAUUAUAUGCAAUUAUUUACUGCCAUAGCUCACUUUAAUAUGAUGGUGUGAUUUGUUUUUGGUAUAUAUUUACGUAAAUUCUCUCAAACAAAGAUGCCGAUGUCGAAAUUGAAUGAACUAAUUAAGUUUGACUAAGUUAAAGAGUGAAAAUUGGUGGGUGGAAUAACGAGACCUCACGGGAUUAUUUUUUCUUCUUUCAAGAAAUUGACUACACUUUGCAUGGACUCCAUAAAGACAUUGAUAACAAAAAUAUCCAAAAGAUUAGAUGGGGUGCAGGAAAGAACAAUAUUGCUCCAGUGAUAAGAAUGAGAAUCUCAAGCCCUAGAUAGGACAUAGAUUAAUACAUACGAGUAUUGGGAAUGGGCAGAGCUUCCAGUGUUGGGAAUGGAUAUAUCUUCGUGCUAGUGUAUUUGGUUUUAUCCUUGUCCAUUUGUUUUUAAUAUCUGGAGAUUUGGAUUGUUGUGGAGUUAUGGAUUGCGUAGGAACAGGAUAUUGCCCUGCUCUUUGUCCUUGUCUGUGCAAUCCUGCUUUUAUAUUUCUUCAUAUUAAACAAAGCUGAGGCUCGUGUGGCCAAAAAU